AUGACAUCUCUCUAUGAGAACAAGCUAUACUCCAGAACCAGCCAAGGCAAAGUUUGCACAUGGUGCGAGGCCUUUGGCGUGAAGCUGGUUGCUUCUCCGUUGAUCCCCCUCUUUGCUCGCCAGGCAGGCUACGAUUCUCUCUUCAUUGACCUGGAGCACUCUUCACUGUCUCUGUCAGACGCCAGUCUCCUGUGUACCAGUGCUCUCCCCCUCGGCGUCACCCCCAUCGUGCGGGUCCCGUAUCAAUGUGGUGAUGGCUUCGUUCAACGAGUCAUGGACGGCGGAGCCAUGGGCGUCAUCUUCCCACACAUUCGCAACAAGAAUGAUGCGGAAGCGGCUGUCAGGAUUGCCAAGUAUCCUCCAGUCGGAUCACGCUCCAUGAUGGGCCAACUGCCAGUUUUCUCAACUGACCCUGUCCCUGUGCCGUCAGUUGUAGAACAGACAAACAAGCAUGGCUCUGCCGUUCUCCUCAUGGUUGAGACCGCGGAAGCGGUAGAAAACAUCGAUGACAUUGCCGCAGUGGAAGGCGUCGAUGUUCUUCUCAUCGGGUCAAACGACCUUUCCAUUGAACUUGGGGUCCCUGGCCAGUUCAAGAGCGACAAGUACCGUUCUGCUGUUGAAGCCGUCAGUAAGGCUUGCAAGAAGCACGGCAAGAUUUUUGGGUUUGCCGGUGUGUAUGAGAAUGCAGAGAUCCAGGCAUGGGCAAUCAAUGAACUGGGAGCCCGCUACAACCUCGUCAACCAGGACUCGGUCUGGAUUGCGAAGGGCGCCAGAGCUUCGAAGGAUGCUUUGGAGUUGGUGUCUGCGCAUGCAAAAUAG